UUUUAGGCAAGACACGGAGCAGCUGAGCUCACAGUGAUCCUGCUCGGCUGAUGAAACUUCGGAUUGUCUGAUUCGAAUGUCGCAUUGGUCUUGGUACAGUGUGUUACCGAAAGCAAACCCCCGCUGUGGUUUUUCACUUUUAAUGGGUGCUGCUUUCGCCUUUGUCAUUCUUAUGAAAGCGCCAGCAAUUAAAUUCCUCCAGCCGUGCAGGGGAACAUUCAAAGUGCAAGUUUCCGCCGUGAACCCCACAGCUUUAAAAUUGGAAAUUUCUGGUGGACCAUCAGUGUCAAUCGAUUGGACGAAGCAAAAGUACUUGAAAGAUAGGAUUCGCAUCCUGUGUUACAUUAACACAAUACCCAGAACUAACGCCACUAAGGCAAUUCAUGUGAAAUUCACUUGGGCUGAUCAGUGCACCAAGUACCUAUUCAUGAGUUCGGCGGACGAUCCGACUCUGCCCAGUGUGAAUUUACAUCUGAAGCAGCCGGAAGGCAGGAAGCAUUUAUGGAGCAAAAUGCGCAUAAUUUUAAAUUAUGUCUCACAGUUCGCCGACGACUACGAUUUUUUUCUUAAAGCAGACGAUGACACAUUCGUAAUCAUGGAGAAUCUGCGAGCGGCGCUUCGAUUGUUCAAUCCGGAACAGCUCCUAAUGUUUGGAUACCCGUUCAAGCACAUAAUCCCACAAGGACAUCUAUCCGGUGGUGCUGGCUAUGUCAUCUCUCGCGGCCUGCUGAAAGAGUUGGUCAACAAUGUGAUCGAUAAGCACCCGGCGUGUCCCACAUACGAUGAGGAUAUGGAAGAUGUAAAAAUUUCAAUGUGUGCCUACGCCAUUGGAGCUCGCCUGGAACAUCUUGUUGACCGGCACUCAACGUUUCCCUUUGCGUGGCGUAGUGAACCACAGAACGAAUACUUGUUUCAAUGGCGCAGCUUGACACACUUGUUCUCGCAGAUAAUAAGCAAGAGUGAUGUCGUGUUACCUCCACCCUUUAAUCCGAAAGACCCAUUUGUUCGGGAGGAAGCGGCUCUCUUAAGUCAGAUGCUUAUCACUGACCAUUACGUCCAACCAUUCUACAUGUACCUGAUGAGAUUCACCAAUUAUCAUCUCCGUCCGGUUGGGAUUGUGCACGAAUCCUAGUCGCAGACACUUACCAACGCUUGGUCCAUCCUGGUUUCGACACAAACCGCUUUAUUCGACAAGUGCAGCUACCUUCCCCUCUGUACUUAUAUGCACAAAACUUUACCCGAUUUCUUCCUUUUCGCUCGUGCUCCUACUUGAGCAAAUCUAUAUGUACAAACCUACUUAACUUGGACAUGUUGCAAACGAAACGCAUUUUAUGCAUUUGUUGCUCGAUUUACUCGCAAAUCACAUGUAGUGUUGUGAUACCUUCAUUCGACCGUCUUUAAAGCAAUGGAAGUGUAGAGUGUGAACACAGGAAAAACGACAUGUGCAGUGGCUACACUACGGUGGGUCCAUUUCAUAAUACAUUUAGUUGUCGCU